GGCCAUGGCGUCGCUACGCACCGCCAGCCCCACGGUGAGGAACUACUUCAAGGACAACGGCAUUCCUCAGGUCUGCGAGGCGCUGUUAUGUGGUCUACUUGUCAUGUGCCCUAACGACCCCCUGAAAUAUUUAGAGCAAAUGAUUAUGUACAUAAUGGAAAAUGGACUUGAAAGUCUUACUUGGGACGAGUGCAUUGAUCCAGCCAUGAGACCAAAAAUCCAAAGAUUAUCCGAAACUUACUUGGAGAAACUUUUCGGACUGGAUGAUCAGUUGGUGACUCCAGAACUGAUGAUAAAAGCAUGUACCUUUUACACUCGAAAUUUAGUAAAAACUCACUUCUGCAUUUGGAGGGAUAUAGCCAUACCUCAUGUGAAUGAAGAUGAAAUUCUGGCUGAAAAGAUGGAAAAAGCAAUAGCACAUUAUAACUGCAAACUUCAGAAAUCUACAUUAUUUUCCUGGCACGUUUUUGUAGAAAAUCAAAGAAGAAAAUUGAAAGAAGUACUCCUGCGGGUUCAACAGCUGCUGUAUUGUCACAAGCUAAAAGUUAUUCUAAGAAACUGGCGGGAUAAAGCAAGACACAAGGCUAAAAAGAGAGAAGAUGAGCUGAUACUAAAACACGAACGGCAGCUGAGAAGAUGGAAAAGUAGAUUGAAAUUGAAAAUCAACGAUGAAAGAAUCAGUUCACCAGAACUAAGUUCGUCCGAAGCCUCUUUGUUAGGGGACGUUCCAGAAUGUGACAUUGCACUGUUACCCGAAAGAGCAUUAUUACAGAUCUUCUCCUAUCUCAGCUUAAAAGAUAUGGUAAUCUGUAGUCAAGUUUGUCGUACCUGGAUGCUGAUGACACAGAUAAGCUCCCUGUGGAACACUAUUGAUUUUUCCGUGGUGAAAAAUGUGAUUGCAGAUAGAGAUAUCGUGUCUACACUGAAUAGGUGGCGUCUGAAUGUGCUGCGUUUGAAUUUCCGUGGUUGCCUUCUCCGACCAAGAACUCUGAGAGCGAUCGGCUACUGCAGGAACUUGCAGGAGUUGAAUGUCUCUGACUGCUCGACCCUCACCGAUGAAUUAAUGAGGUCUAUUUCUGAGGGCUGCCCGGGGGUGCUCUAUCUCAACCUGUCCAACACGACCAUCACCAACAGGACCAUGCGCCUCCUGCCAAGGAACUUCUACAACUUACAGAACCUCAACUUGGCGUAUUGCCGCAAGUUCACAGACAAAGGAUUACAGUACCUGAGUUUAGGGAACGGAUGCCACAAACUCAUCUAUCUGGACCUGUCCGGCUGCACCCAGAUUUCAGUUCAAGGCUUCAGGAACAUUGCUAGCAGUUGCAGUGGGAUCAUGCAUCUAACCAUCAAUGAUAUGCCGACGCUGACGGACAACUGUGUCAAAGCUUUGGUGGAGAAGUGCCCGUCCAUCACGUCCGUGACGUUCAUGGGUUCGCCGCACAUCUCUGAUUGCGCCUUCAAAGCGCUCACCGCUUGCAACCUCAGGAAGAUCCGAUUUGAAGGAAAUAAGAGGAUCACUGAUGCCUGCUUCAAGUCCAUAGACAAGAAUUACCCAGAUAUCAGUCACAUUUACAUGUCAGACUGCAAGGGGAUCACCGAUAGUAGCCUCAGAUCGCUCGCAACUUUGAAGCAACUCACUGUGUUGAACUUGGCUAACUGUGUAAGGAUCGGCGAUGUGGGACUCAGGCAUUUUCUCGAUGGUCCCGUAAGCCAAAGGCUGAGGGAAUUAAAUCUGAACCACUGCGUGCACGUGGGAGAUGACUCUGUCAUCAGAUUCGCAGAGCGCUGCCCUAACUUGAAUUACUUGAGUUUACGGAAUUGCGAGCACCUGACGGAUCUAGGCAUUGAGAAUAUUGUAAAUAUCUUUUCCUUGAUAUCGGUGGAUCUGUCUGGAACAGUCAUCUCUAACGAGGGUUUGAUACUGCUUUCCAGACACAAAAAACUGAAGGAACUUUCUCUAUCUGACUGUAGCAAAUUCACAGAUGUUGGAAUUCAGAUUUUCUGCAAAAGCUCACGAAACUUGGAACACUUGGAUGUCUCUUAUUGCCCCCAGCUGUCAGAUGAGAUUAUCAAAGCAUUGGCCAUUUACUGUGUCAACCUCACAUCUCUCAAUAUUGCUGGCUGUCCUAAGAUCACUGACUUCGCGAUGGAGAUGCUGUCAGCGAAAUGCCACUACCUGCACAUUUUGGACAUCUCUGGGUGCAUCCUGCUUACUGACCAAGUCCUUGAGGAUCUUCAGCUGGGCUGCAAACAACUCCGGAUCCUGAAGAUGCAAUACUGCAGGCUUAUCUCCAGGGAGGGAGCUAAGAAGAUGUCUUCCAUCGUCCAGCAGGUGGAAUACAACUCCAGUGAUCCUCCGCGUUGGUUUGGCUAUGACUGUGAAGGCAAGUUUCUUGCAAAACAUCACAAUGUGGUUCCACAGAAGGAAGACCUGGAAUUGAUGGUGAGAGACUUAAAUAUUGGUAGUGAGGAAGAAACAAUAUAACCUUCAGCUUGACAUGAAAAAACGCACCAAAGGCUAGAACCUGGUAACGUUCCCUCAUUCAAUCACAUUUUUACUAGCUGGAUUCCAGAUAACUCACAGUGACCCUUCUGAUCCUAUUCCAAUUAUAAAUGUUUCUGAAUA